AAACCAACACCCCGUCUCUCUCUCUCUCUCCUCCCUCUCCCCCUCUCCAUGUCUUCAUCUUCCUUUCUCCUUUCUCUUUCCUCUCGUCCUCGCCUCUCAAACUCCUUUCUAAGCUUCUCCAUCGUACCCACAACCUUAGCUCUCAUUACCUCUCUCUCUAUCCUCUUCUACAUCUCUCUCACCUCCAAUCUCUACCCAUCCCCUCUCCUCAUCUCACCACUCGAGUAUUUUCAAUUCCCUCCCCCAACUAACUCAAACCUCAAAUCUACACUUCAGACCCCUUCUAGAAUCAAUCCUAGCAGGACCCACGAGGCCGGAGCCCCGAAAGUGGAACAGUUAUCCGCCAAUGGCUCUGUAGGAGCUGAGGACCGUCGGUUUGAUGGGAAAGGAGGCGAUAUCAAUUCAAAUGGAGACAUUGUUAAUAGUGAGGUCUUUCAUGACAAAGAUCUCUUUCUGGAAGACUAUAAGGAGAUGAAUAGAAGCUUGAAGAUUUAUGUUUACCCACAUAGGAAAGAUGAUCCCUUUGCACAUGCACUUUUGCCAGUGGAUUUCGAACCAGGUGGCAACUACGCCAGUGAAAGCUACUUCAAAAAAGUUCUUAUGCAAAGUCAUUUCAUCACAAAGGAUCCUUCAGAAGCAGAUCUCUUCUUCUUACCUUUCUCAAUUGCAAGGUUGAGGCAUGACCCCAGGGUCGAUGUUGGUGGAAUCCAAGAUUUUAUUCGAAUGUACAUUUCCAACAUCAGUCAAAACUACCCGUACUGGAACAGAAGUGGCGGGGCUGACCAUUUUUAUGUUGCUUGUCAUUCCGCUGGAAGGUCGGCGAUGGAAAAGGCAGCAGAAGUGAAGUUAAAUGCUAUACAAGUUGUGUGCUCAUCAAGUUAUUUCUUAUCUGGAUAUGUGGCACACAAGGACGCAUCUUUGCCGCAAAUUUGGCCACGGCAAGGAAAUCCUCCUGAGGUUGCUUCAUCAAAAAGGAAGAAACUAGCCUUCUUUGCGGGGUCCGCCAACUCCCCAGUGCGUGAGAAGCUUCUCCAAGCUUGGAAACAUGAUUCCCAAAUCUUUGUCCAUUCAGGCCGCCUUGCAACUUCUUACUCGGACGAGCUCCUCCACAGCAAGUUCUGCCUUCAUGUCAAAGGUUUCGAAGUGAACACCGCAAGGAUAGGCGAUGCUUUGUACUACGGGUGCGUCCCAGUGAUCAUUGCCAACCACUAUGAUCUGCCAUUUGCAGAUAUUUUGAAUUGGAAGAGCUUCUCGCUAGUCGUUGCCACCUUGGAUAUUGUGCUGCUGAAGAGGAUUCUCCAUGGAGUAAGCUCGGAUGAUUAUGCAAUGUUACAAAGGAACGUCUUAAAGGUGCGGAAGCAUUUCCAGUGGCAUCUAUUUCCAGUUGAUUAUGAUGCAUUCUACAUGGUCAUGUAUGAGUUGUGGCUAAGACGAAGUGCUGUAAGAAUUCUGAUAAGUGGGCCAUCAGAUUUUGAUUGGCCUGGAAGAAAUAUUUCCAAAUGUAUGUGACAUAAGAUCAAUUUAUUGCUCCAUCUUGGGGAGGAUUGUA